AUGGCCUCAACUUUGCAGCAGGGCUUUCGGGCCGGUCAACGCGCAGGAGGCCUCGCUUGGCUAGGGCAGCUCCUGCUCCUAGCUGCGUUGGCGUUUGUCUCAGUAACUGUCUCUGGCUCAGAGGAUGCGCAUGCAGUAGCUCCGCUCGAGCUCCAGGCGGAGGUCUUAGUAACUACCCCGGCAGUUCAGCAGGAUGCUGCAGUGCCUAGCCCUGAUGUAGAAGAUGCAGAACCCGAAGCUCCAGACUCACCAGAGGCUGACCCCUUGCAGUCUUUGGAGUCUCCAGCGGAGCAAGAGCCACUACAGCGGCAAUCGACGGCCCGGCUUUACGACCAUUCCCACGAGGCGUCGACAACAGUGCGAGUCUCCGCAGGCUUCACUGGAUCGAAAAGGCAUGUCUCGUUCAAGCGCAAUGCUGACGAGGGAUUGACCAGGAGGAAGAGCCAUCGUAGAUUGAUCGCGCUGGCAAUUCUCCUGUCUAUCGGCCUGUUCGUCCUAAUGAGGAAAGUACGUGGAAUUUACUGA